AAUAAUAAAGAAAAACUAUAGAAAAUUGUUUGGCAUUUGUUGAGUUUAAAUUGUAAGAGUUGGUAAGAGAAAAAAGCCACCUUAAUACAUUUUCUACGUCGUGAAGAAUCAGUCUUGGAUAGGAAUAAUAGGAAUAAUAAGAAAAACAUUGCUAUAGAUAUAUUUAUCUUAGUACAAUUUCAUUUUUGACCUGGUAAAUACAUAUUCUGCUACCUUCAUCAUUUCUUGGUAUCAUCUUGAUCUUGUUGUUUAUAUUCGCAUCAUAUCAUUUAAGUUAUGGCGGCAUUUAUGAAUCAAAUGUGUAUCCGUGUGGAAAUUGCUUUGUUGUGGGUCUUUUUAGUCAAUUUGUUCUUCUCAUUUGCUUACUGUUCUGUAAUCUACAAUGUAACUUCAUCAAGAGCAGUAACUCCAGAACAAACUCUUAGCUCUCCCAACCACAUGUUCGAGUUGGGAUUUUUUACUCCCAACAAUUCCCAUAAUCAAUAUAUCGGAAUUUGGUAUACGGAAGUUACUCCCCAGACUGUUAUUUGGGUGGCUAAUAGAGAGAAUCCUGUUACAAGUUCCUCGAGAAGUCUAACGAUAGGUAGAGAUGGGAAUUUGGUGCUUUUCGAUGGGCAGCAGAAUAUAAUCUGGUCUACUAUCAUAUCUGGUUUGUCAAACGGUUCAAUUGCUGAGCUAUCAGAUGAUGGGAAGUUGAUUUUGAGGGAUGGUGUUACAGGUUCAACUCUGUGGGAUAACUCCAAGAAUCUAACAAAUGUGCUCGUUGGAGGCACAUGGUUGGCCUUCAAUAAAACAAAUGGUGAGAGACUUAUUCUUAAAUCCUGGAAAACUGAAAAUGAUCCUUCUCCUGGGGAUUUCACCUGUUUUAUGUCACUGGAGACGCCGCCACAAGCUUUUAUCUUCAAAGGGUCGAAACCUCAUUGGAGGAGUGGCCAAUGGGAUAAGGCUAAGUUUAUUGGGAUACCAGAAAUGGAUGCUGAUUAUCAAAGUGAACUAACAUUCAUUGGCGGUCUGCAGCCAGGAACUGCUUAUCUUGACAUUAGCGUAUCCCGAAACUGUAGUUACUCCAUGUUCACGGUCUCAUCAAUAGGAGUUUUAAGGAUUUUGUGUUGGGUUCCAGUCAGGGGCUGGUAUGCUAAAUGGGAGGCACCUGUUACUCCAUGUGAAGUCUAUGCAGCAUGUGGAUCUUUUGGGGUUUGCAAAAGAUCAUAUGACCCAAAUUUAACUUGUAGAUGCUUGAAAGGGUUUAAGCCGAAGUCAGAUGAAGAAUGGGGAAGGGGAAACUGGACUGGAGGGUGCUUAAGGCGAGCAGAAUUAAGUUGUGGAAGAAACACAAGUGCCGCUAAUACUACAACUGAAGGAGGAAAACCAGACGGUUUCUUGAAGAUUAGUGGCUUAAAAGUUCCUGAUUCUGCCAGGUUCUUGAAUGUUAUGGAUAUAAAUGAAUGCCAUCAGCAGUGCUUGAAUAACUGUUCUUGUUCAGGUUAUGCAUAUGUAAAUGGAAUAGGAUGUUUGGUUUGGACAGGAAAUCUUGUGGAUAUGCAUGAGUUACCCUUCGGCGGACAAGAUCUUUUUCUUCGUGUUGCUAAUGCAGAACUAAAAGAUGAUGAUAAGAAGGUAAAAGAAAAACUCAUAAUUAGCCUAGUCACUGUUUCAGUUGUUGCUGUCAUCAUUUCCAUGAUCUAUGGCUUUGUGAAGUUGAGAGCCAACCAAACAAUGAAGAAAAAUGCUACCACUUCAAGAGACACUUCACAACCAUUUAUGUGGAGAAGCCCUUCAGAUGAUAAAGAUAAAGAUCCAGUAGAAUUGCCAUUGUUUGACUUCCAUAGCAUUUUAGUUGCGACCAGCAACUUCGACGAACAAAACAAACUUGGGCAAGGAGGAUAUGGUCCAGUUUAUAAGGGAAAGCUGCAAGAUGGGAAGGAUGCGGCGAUUAAAAGACUAUCGACUAACUCUGGACAAGGAACGGAAGAGUUCAAGAAUGAAGUGAUGUUGAUAUCCAAACUCCAACACAGAAAUCUUGUCAGACUCAUAGGUUGUUGUGUUGAAAGACAAGAGAGGAUACUAAUUUACGAGUUCAUGUCCAACAAAAGCUUGGACACCUAUCUCUUUGAUCCCGCAAAAAAGGCAGAGCUUGAUUGGAACAAACGGUUCAAUAUUAUAAUUGGAGUUGCUAGAGGGCUUCUUUAUCUCCACCGCGAUUCUUGUUUGAGGGUCAUACAUAGAGAUUUGAAGGUCAGCAACAUUCUUUUGGAUGAGAAGAUGAUUCCUAAGAUAUCAGACUUUGGAUUGGCACGAAUGUUUGAAGGCACGCAAGUUCUUGGAAGCACUCACAAGGUUGUCGGAACAUUGGGAUAUAUGGCUCCUGAAUACCUGUUAGGCGGCAUAUAUUCAGAGAAAUCCGACGUAUUUGGAUUUGGAGUCUUGAUUUUAGAAAUAGUGUGCGGCAGAAAGGUUAACAGCUUCCAACACAUGAGCCUUCUAGCCCGUGCAUGGCAAUCAUGGGACGAAAGCAAGGGCUUAGACAUGAUAGAUGAAGCAGUGGCAGAUUCAUACUCGACAGCGGAAGUAAGUAAAUGUAUAAAUGUUGGACUACUUUGUGUGCAGGAUCAUGCAGCAGAUAGACCGAACAUGGCUGCUGUAGUGACUAUGUUAAGUGGUGAAAAAACAAAUCUUCCUCAACCGAAACAACCUACAUUUACGUUUCAAAAUGCAUCUGGCUAUGUUCAGCCAGAAAAUAACUCUACAUGGUCUGUAAAUAAAGUCACUGAAUCAAUUGUUGAACCGCGAAUUGCUUCGUUUGCUAAAGCAUCCACCAUGAAAGCUACAACACCAAGAAAUUCUUUUAACUCCAAUUUUUUCAUCCUCAUCUUUUUCAUUUUAAUAUCUUUUAGUCCUUCAAGUUUUUCUUUUUCCAAUUCAGACACCUUAACUUCAACUCAAUCGCUCAUCAACGGCCAAACUCUUGUAUCCAAAAACCAGAAUUUCGAGCUUGGAUUCUUUUCUCCGGGGAAUUCCGAGAAAUGGUACGUCGGAAUAUGGUACAAAAACAUUCCUGACACAACUUAUGUUUGGGUCGCUAACAGAGAUUCACCGCUUGUAAAUUCUUCAGGUAUUUUCAGGAUUUUUAAUCAAACCGUUUCUUUAUUUGACCUUGGAAAUAAUCAAAUAUGGUCGUCGAAUCAAACCGGAGUAACCAACCCGGCUAUUCAGCUGUUAGACUCAGGAAAUCUUGUUUUAAGAGAACAAAAUCAGAAGAAUCAGUUUCUAUGGCAGAGUUUUGAUUAUCCUACGGAUACUCUGUUGCCUGACAUGAAAUUAGGUUGGGAUUUAGAUAAAAAGUUCGACCGGUUUAUAAAUUCUUGGAAAUCCAGGGACGAUCCUGCAACUGGUGAAUUCUCUUUUAAACUCGAUUACCACGGAUUUCCGGAGAUUUUCUUGUGGAAUGAUGAUCGGAGAGUUUAUAGAAGCGGCGCAUGGAACGGGUUAAGAUUUAGCGGAGUACCGGAAAUGCAGUCUUUGGAUGAUAUUAGUUUCGAUUUUAUUACAAAUCAAACCGAGGUUUUUUACUCGUUUCAUAUUUCGGCUAAGUCUUUGUUUUCGAGAUUGACAGUUACACAUUCUGGCCAAUUACAGAGAUACACGUGGAUUCCUGAUAGGCAAGAUUGGAAUUCAUUUUGGUACGCGCCGAAGGAUCAAUGCGACAAUUAUAAAGAAUGUGGUCCGUUCGGAGUGUGUGAUUCAAACGCAUCGCCGGUGUGUAAAUGUCUACGAGGAUUUGAGCCGCAAAAUCCACAGGCAUGGAAUUUACGAGAUGGAUCCGGAGGGUGUGUUCGGAAGACGGAUCUUGAGUGUGUAAAUGAUAAAUUCUUGAACUUGAAGAAUAUGAAAUUGCCGGAGAGUUCGAAUUCUCGGGUGGAUCGGGAUUUGAGUAUUAAAGAUUGCGAAUUGUUGUGCUUGAAAAAUUGUUCUUGUACGGCUUAUGGGAAUUCGGACAUUAGAAAUGGUGGCAAAGGUUGUGUUCUUUGGUUUGAUGAAUUGUGGGAUAUGAGACAAUAUUCAGGCAGUAGCAGUGGUCAGGAUCUUUAUGUCAGAUUGGCUGCUUCUGAUAUAGGUGACGGUAAACAUGUAGCUGCUCUAAUUAUCGGCAUUUCGGUCGGCGCCGGAGUUUUGCUAUUAGGACUGGUCGGCUGUUUCAUAUGGAAGAAAAAGAAGUUACUAGGUGUCCGUGUCCGUAAAGAACAUAAAGGUGUUCUAGAAAGAAGCCAAAAUUUACUGUUUAAUGAGGUAGUUAUUUCAAGUAAGAGAGAUAACUCUGGUGAAAAUGACAAAGAAGAGCUUGAACUUCCAUUGUUUGAUUUUGAAACCAUUGUGACUGCUACCGGCAAUUUCUCCGAUGAAAAUAAACUCGGACAGGGCGGUUUUGGCUGCGUUUAUAAGGGUAGGUUACUAGAGGAUCAAGAAGUAGCUGUAAAGAGACUGUCAAAAACUUCUGUGCAAGGAAUUGAAGAAUUCAAGAAUGAAGUUAGAUUAAUUGCUAGGCUUCAACACAGAAAUCUGGUUCGAUUGCUCGGUUGCUGCAUCGAAACGAACGAGAAAAUGCUCAUUUACGAGUUUAUGGAACACAGAAGCUUGGAUUCUGUCUUAUUCAAUAAAGCAAAAAGCUCUUUACUAAAUUGGCAGAGACGAUUCAGUAUAAUUUGUGGGAUUGCAAGAGGACUUUUGUACUUGCAUCAAGAUUCCAGGUUUAGAAUUAUCCAUAGAGAUCUAAAAGCGAGCAAUAUUCUACUCGACCGAGAAUGGAUUCCGAAAAUAUCGGAUUUCGGCAUGGCUAGAAUAUUUGGUGGAGAUCAAACAGAAGCAAAUACUAAGAGAGUAGUAGGAACUUAUGGCUAUAUGUCUCCUGAAUAUGCUAUGGAUGGUCUGUUCUCAGUGAAGUCAGAUGUUUUUAGUUUUGGUGUGCUAGUAUUGGAGAUUUUAAGUGGUAACAAGAACAGAGGAUUUUAUAACUCUAACAGCGAGCUUAAUCUUCUCGGACAUGCGUGGAGAUUGUGGAAAGAUGGAAAGGGAUUGGAAAUGUUGGAUACAUCAGUUGGCAAUUCGUUUUCGUCGAGUGAAGUUUUGAGAUGCUUACAAGUAGGCCUAUUAUGCGUUCAAGAACUGACAGAACAUAGACCGACAAUGUCAUCUGUCGUUUUAAUGUUAAGCAGUGAAACUGCGACAAUGCCCCAUCCUAAAACUCCAGGGUAUUGCAUGGGAAGGAGUCCUUUAGAAACCGAUUCAUCCUCGGGUAAAAUAGAUGUUUCGUUUAGUGUAAACCAAGUCACAGUUACAAUGUUAGAUGCGAGAUAAAGAAUGAUUAUACCUCAUUAUUUACCAUAUAUUUGUAUAUUCAAUUUUUGGAAAUUUUGAAGUUGUAUAUGAUCUUCUGCUGUUGAUUUAUUCCUAAUCUAAGAUAAUUUAUUUGGCUGUCAAA